AUGUCUACCGCUCCGGCUCGUGUCCACAAGCGGGCUUAUCAGUCUGAGCGACCUAGCCCUCUUGCUAGCCCGUAUGGCAGAAGCCUCGAUGAGUUUAACCCAGUGGCCAAUUCUCUUGCAACACGGGGUGGUAAUGGUAGUCAAAUCAGAAUACCUCAGGAGAUCAUACGACAGAUGACAUCCGGCGAUUAUCGACCCCAAAGUGGCUCGUAUGGUGGUGAGAAAACAGUAGCAGCCCUCCUUCGUGACGCUGCCUACACUUCUCAUGACGCCCUAAAGCUUCUUUGGGAAGCAGGGAGACAUAGCGAACGAGAGCGGGGAAUUGUACCUGGCACCGCAACAUCUGCAAAACCUUCCGAAACUUCCAGCGGGCCCUUGCGGCCAUCUGUGACUUCAUCAAGGAAGCACAGCUCUGGGACCGACGAUCCCCGCCAACCUUGGUCGAAUUUGCGUUUUGUUCGAACAGGCCUUUUUACUGCGGAGGAAGCCAUGGACCUCGUCAACUAUUUUCAUGCUUACCUCGCACCAUUUACCCCUGUUUCCUCUUCCUCCUUUCAGGACCCAUCCAUGCAUCCAACCUUGCUGGUCGAAGAACCCAUUCUUGCUGUCACAAUAUUGAUGCUGGCCUCUCGGUACAUGAAGCUCUCGGGUCCCGGAUCGAUUUCUAGGUCUUAUAUGGUUCACGAACGCCUAUGGCAACAUCUACAGGGAAUGAUUUCUCGCAUGAUAUUUGGCCAAGAACAGUUCGCUGGUGCUACCCAUGAUAACGGUUCCUCAACUGAUUUUUCUGGCCAAGCUGCUGAAUCCGCUCUUGCUGGAUCCACCUUUGGAAGUCUUCGCACCUUGGGGACGUGUGAAGCUUUGCUUUUGCUAUCUGAAUGGCAUCCUCGCUCCCUGAAUGUUCCAGCUGGUGAUGACGGAGACAGCAUAAUUGUGAAAGAUGAGGUCCGACGGACCCGGGCCAGCACUGCCGGAAUUGGUGGCCGCAUUCGGAUUGACUGGCUCGAACCUGUUUGGAGAUCGGAUCGAAUGUGCUGGUCCAUGCUAGGGAAUGCGCUGGCGCUUGCGGUUGAGCUUGGUAUCUUCGAUGAAUAUGAUAACACAACCAUAGGAGCUCGGGAAUCGCGCCGGGAUAUAUGGAACGACCCGUCCUCGAGCCAGCGAGCAUAUCGCGUACAGCAUUUACUUUGGGUAUAUCUCACCCAGACCUCGGGAAGGCUAGGGUGGAAAAAUCUGACGUCGGUAUCUGUAAGCCACCAUGAGGCUAGUCUGAAGCAUGGUGAUACUAUUCGAUGUUGGAUAGGAGUUGCCUCGCUCAUGAAACGAGGAAACGAGCUUCUGUUUACUUCUCGAGAGAGAACAAAGGAGAUGGUUCGAAGUGGUGAAUAUCUUGCAAUUCUUCGUAUUCUCAACCCUUUGCUUAGGGAGUGGCAGAUGGAAUUUGAUCGAGCAAAACUCUCAAAACCGAUGCGGGCCAUACUUUCGAUAGAGUAUGGAUAUGUUCGAGUGUCCAUCAACAGCGUAGCUCUUCAAGCUAUUAUUGAGCACCGUAACCGCGUUACCAGUGACGGUACAGAUAUGCGAGUUUCAUCGGUGCUUAAUACCUCCGAAGGAAAUAGUGAAUAUUUUAUGGAAGUGGUUCUUGCCGCUCGUUCCAUUCUGCAAACAGUCGUGGACGAUCUCGUGCCCAACGAUCACCUACGACAUGUUCCCAUACGAACCUAUUCGAGGAUCCUCGCAGGAGCGAUGUUUUGUCUGAAGGCAUUUGCCCUUGGAGAUAAGGAUGAAGAAACUGUGGUCUCACUCGAGUUAGUUGAGCGUACCGCAGAUGCGCUUUGUACAUGUGUAGUGGAUGACGUUCACUUGAGCAACCGGUUUGGUGAACUUCUCUCGGCGUUAGCAACAAGUCUUCGAAGUCGGGUUAUGAGAGCCAUAAGAAAUGAGAAUUACCAGAGCGAGAAUAUGACUCCCGGUAAUACUCCAUCACAACGCCAAGAUAGAGCUACCGCAGAUAUUCCUACCACCUCUAACCCUACCUCUUACGACCCACCUGCCGACUCAGCAGAUACGGAACCUAUGGUGACCCCGAAGCAAGAUUACAAUUUGCAAAACUCAUCAAGUGUCCCUGCAGCAACUGGCGAACCAAGCGCUUAUCAGCCUAUCAAUCCAGCCAAUGGAAUUUUCGAGCAAAGCUCCUUUCAUCAGGAUCCUCUGAUGAGCUUCGCUGGCUUAGGCCCAAAUCAGCUGGGGUGGACGGGAAAUCGUGGUGUUUAA